AGCUGCUGGAGGCUUCUUUAAAGCUGGCUGCUGCUCAGGCAACACUCUCUUGGAAAACUGCAGAGAUGGCAGCUGUUUGGAUGCUCGUCUGUGUGCUGACUGUUUGUCUGGCCAGAGAUCUGUCUGCCAAUGAGAUCUCCUUAAAGAAAGCCUUUGCACCUCUCCAGUCGAUGGAGUCCAUGUUAGACCGAGAUGCUAGAGAAGUACAACUGGAAACCAAUGACGUGGAAGCUGAGGCGUCUGGUCACCAGAAUCCUGAACAAAAGCCCCAGAGCGUCAACGAGACAACAAAUGUCCAGAACCAGGUCGUAACCAGGGACAACGGCACGACUGGGGGCGUCCAGAACCGGGUCGUCAUUAGGGGAAAUUCCACUGCGGGGCGUGACCUAAAAUGGGUCAUCAUAGGAGGCGACUCCACAACUGAGGACGUCCAGAACCGGGUCGUCAUUAGAGGAAACGCCACGGCGGGGGGCGUCCAGAACUUGGUCAUCAUUAAGGACAAAGCCAAGACGGGGGGCGUCCAGAACCUGAUCGUCAUUAGCGAAACAGCCACAGCAGAGGCUGUCCAGAACCGGGUCGUCAUUAGGGGAGUGGCCAAGGAGGGGGACGUCCAGAAAUGGGUCGUCAUUGGGGUAGACUCCACGACUGGGGACGUCCAGAACCGGUUUGUCAUUUGGGGCGAAGCAACGACGGGGGGUGUCCAGCAGAACCUGGUUCCCAUGGACAACGGCACGUCGGGGGGCGUCCAGCAGAACGACGGCACGACGGGGGGCGUCCAGCAGAACAACGGCACGACGGGGGGGCGUCCAGCAGAACAACGGCUCGACGGGGGGCGUCCAGCAUGAGCACAAAGUACUCCUGGAUACCCAUGAAGUAGACGAGCAGUUGUUGAAUGGGACGAUGAGCGAAGAGGAAAAGUUCAACGGGACGACGAGCGAAGAGGAAAAGUUCAACGGGACGAUGAGCGAAGAGGAAAAGUUCAACGAGACGACGAGCGAAGAGGAACAGUUCAACGACACGAUCAAUACAUAUAGAUUAAUCUCGUAUUUUUUGAGUGCCUUGAAGAGCUCGAUAUCUGAGAUGUUAUCUUAGCAGCAAUAUAAUAAAGCGUGUAUACAUUUCUUGAAUAA